GAUUGUCGAUCCCUGGAUUGCAUUGCGGAAAAAAAAGAUAAACAACAAUUUCGUUCGACGCAUUGGAUUGCAAUUUAUUUUUUAUUAGUUAUUUAGCAGAUACUACCCGAGCUAAGCUGCAGAAUAGCAAUGACUGGAAUGCUGAGAGGAGUCUUCUGCCGUCCCGAGCCGCGCCUGCUCUCCAUGCGUUGCCUUAGCUCAGCAGCUGGAGACAGCUCAUGCACCACAGAGGGAGUCAGCACAGGCGCCACGCCCCUGCGCCCACGUCCAAAUGCCCUGACCGAUGAGAUCAUACGCGUGGAUCAUGCCGGCGAACUGGGCGCAGAUCGCAUCUACGCCGGGCAAAUGGCUAUUCUGGGCAACGGACCGCUUGGCAAGACCAUCGGACACAUGUGGGAGCAGGAGAAGGAGCACCGCAAGCAGUUCGAGCAGCUCAUCCAGCAGCAUCGCGUGCGUCCAACGAUCAUGACGCCGCUCUGGAACGUGGCCGGAUUUGUGCUGGGCGCUGGAACCGCUCUGAUGGGCGAAAAGGCGGCCAUGGCCUGCACGGUGGCCGUGGAGACGGUCAUUGUGGAGCACUACAACGACCAGCUGCGCCAGAUCAUGGAGGCACCCAAUCCCGACAAGGAGCUGCUGGCGACAAUCACCAAGUUUCGGGACGAGGAGCAGGAGCACCACGACACGGGCAUCGAUCACGGGGCUGAGCAGGCGCCCUUCUACCAGGCCAUGACCGAGGUGAUCAAGUUCGGCUGCAAGACGGCCAUUGCCAUUUCGAAGAAGAUCUAGGCGGAGGAGUAGUUGGGCCGUCACCCACCCCCUGUAUAUACCAAAACUAUCUGUUCCCGCACCAUGUUAAGCAUUAAAGAUAGAGCUAGAUGUCCAGUA